UCAGCGAACGUGUGAAGUGAAUUUAUUUAGCCAUGCAAAUUCAAAAGUAAUUUUUGUCACGUCCCGGGUUAUCCUUGUCAUUUUGAAAACUAUGAUGGCAAGAAAAGUAAUACAGCUCAAAGAGACAAAAUGACCCAUUCUGCCACCAAUCUCUGGCAUCUAGCACCCUCUUUUGUAAAAGUGAUUGAUCAGGGCAUCCAUGCCCUUAAUUUUCAGAGUGGUCCAGAAAGUAGAUCCCAUGAAAUAGAUAACCACUUGGUUUUUAGUUUACAUACUGGCCCCAAAAGACUGCCAGUAAUUAUAUGCACUCUUUUUCAUGCAAAGAUAAGGUACACGUAGAUAAUGCUAUACUUUUUUCCUAUAAAAGAAUGCUAGCAAACUCUAGUAAGUUGUAGCAUCUUCACUUCCAUCCUCUUGUAGACUUUCUAAGACUUCUCUCUUACUCAAAGAUGCAGGCUCAGACACCUCUCACUGACAAUGAAAAGAUGCUAGCAAACUAUGUCCCAAUCCAUGUAAUGCUACCAUUGGGAGUUGUUACAGUUGAUAAUGCCCUAGAGGACAAAGCAGGGCUUGAGAAGCAGCUCAAGGAGCUACGAGCAGCUGGUGUGGAUGGGGUAAUGGUAGAUGUCUGGUGGGGGAUCGUAGAAUCCCAGGGGCCUAAUCAGUAUGAUUGGACUGCUUAUAGGAGCUUGUUUCAGCUAGUUGAAGAAUGUGGAUUGAAGUUACAAGCUAUAAUGUCAUUCCACCAAUGUGGAGGGAAUGUAGGAGAUAUUGUUAACAUCCCACUUCCCCAGUGGGUACUUGACAUUGGAGAAUCAGACCCUGAUAUCUUUUACACCAAUCGCACAGGUAACAGGAACAAGGAGUACCUCAGUCUUGGUGUGGAUAACCAGCCUCUCUUUUAUGGACGAACUGCUGUUGAGAUAUACAGAGACUACAUGAAGAGCUUCAGAGAGAACAUGUCAGAUUUUUUAGUAGAUGGACUCAUAAUAGACAUUGAAGUGGGGCUUGGACCUGCAGGGGAACUAAGGUAUCCCUCUUAUCCACAAAAUCAAGGAUGGGUUUUUCCAGGCAUCGGAGAAUUUCAGUGCUACGACAAAUAUCUCAAGGCAGAGUUCAAAGAGGCUGCAACAAGUGCAGGCCAUCCAGAGUGGGAAUUGCCAGAUAAUGCAGGGACAUACAAUGACACACCUGAAUCAACAGAGUUCUUUGGAUCAAAUAGUACAUACCUCACUGAGAAAGGGAAGUUCUUCUUGACUUGGUACUCAAACACGUUACUGAGCCAUGGUGACCAGAUCCUGGAUGAAGCAAAUAGAGCUUUCCUGGGCUGCAAAGUCAAGUUAGCAGCCAAAGUUUCCGGAAUCCACUGGUGGUAUAAAGCUGAUAAUCAUGCAGCAGAGCUUACUGCAGGAUACUACAACUUGAAAGACAGAGAUGGCUACCGACCUAUAGCAAGGAUGCUGUCUAGGCAUCAUGCCAUGUUGAAUUUCACUUGUCUUGAGAUGAGGGACUCUGAACAAAGCGGUGACGCCAAAAGUGGACCUCAGGAACUUGUUCAGCAGGUAUUGAGUGGAGGUUGGAGAGAGAACAUUGAAGUUGCAGGAGAGAAUGCUCUUUCAAGAUAUGACCGUGAUGGUUACAAUCAAAUCCUUCUAAAUGCUAGACCUAACGGUGUCAGCAAAGAGGGCCAACCAAAUCUAAGGAUGUAUGGGGUGACAUACCUCCGUUUAUCAGAUGAUCUAUUGCAGAAAACAAAUUUCAAUAUAUUCAAGACAUUUGUGAAGAAGAUGCAUGCUGAUCAGGAUUACUGUCCAGAUCCAGAAAAGUACAGUCACCAUAUAGGUCCACUGGAGCGAUCAAAACCAAAGAUUUCGAUUGAAGAUCUGCUAGAAGCAACUGAACCAAUGGAGCCAUUCCCAUGGGACAAAGAAACAGAUAUGAGCGUGGGUGGUGCAAUUGCUAAUUUGAUAGACAAGAUCUUUUCCAUAUUUAAGUGAGAACACAGCCAGAUGGGAAAAGAAGCGGCACUUAAAGAAUCAAUAAAAAAGUUGGAUCACUGACCAAUAAAAAGCCUUACUGUGGCAAUGUUGAAACAACUUUGGGUAUCUGAUUUUCAAAUAACAGAACUGAAUUCCCAUU